AUUUCAAUAAUUACCGCUGGAAAUGUGUUUUUAGUUGUUUCUUUUGUACAAAAAGUCACGCUGUGCGUGUAUUCUCCCCGUGAAAGUAUUUUUAUUGUAUAUAUUUUUACGUUUCUGUUUCAUUGCCAAUUUUAUGCAGUCAUAUGUUUAUUUUAAGGAAAAACAUUCAGUGUAGGCGCUAAAAAGCGUAGAUUCUUGGUGAAAUUUAGUACACAUUUCGUUGUUUAGAUGGAGCUCGAUAUAAACGACUUGUACACCUUCAUCACAGUUUCUGUGAUAUCCUCCGUCUGUAUCACCAUAGGUGUCGGCGGAGGUAUUCUAUAUGUGCCAAUUUUAGGGUACAUAUUCAAUGACAUCGCAUACGGGGUGUACCUCUCAAAACUUUCGGUGCUUAUCUCUUCCAGCCUUGGCCUUUUAUAUCAUCUAUUCCAUGACAUUUUCGCCAAAAAUGACGCUUCUGAGGCUGGACAGACGCCUCCAAGGAUACACAUUUUGCUCGCGAUAUCCAUAAUACCGUGGUGUAUUAUCGGAUCAUUCUUUGGUGUCACAAUACAUUUCAUGGCAAAAAAGUAUCUUAAGAUUCUUCUGACAACAUUCGUCUCUAUCACAGCCACUAUCAGUGUUUGUAAACUGGUAAGGAGGUACAUGGAGAAAAAGGCUCCGGAAACUGAACCAGACGAGAAAUGCCCAUCACAGUCUCCAAGUCAAGAGAACAUAAUUGAAGAGCAAGAGGAGCCAUCAGUUGCUACGAUUGCAGCGUAUGAUAUUUCUGAGAUACAUGGAGACGUGCAAAGGAUUGUAGGAUGCUUUAUUAUAGUUGGUAUGCUGGUUGUUUAUUACCUCAGUUUAAAUGUCCCAUGCAAGUAUUUUGCCGCCAUUUUAAGGGUUGUAUGUAUAUUAGUUGGUCUAUUUUACUCUGCAAAGAUCAGAAAAUCAAUGGAGGUCAAAUAUGUACAACAGACCGUUGGAGCGUGCUCUCAGCAAAUCCGCAAGUUUUUCUCAAAUGCAAUUGUGCGUAUUAUAGUAAAAAUUAUGGUAGCGGUACUUUGCGGGUUACUCUCUGGUACUAUUGGCAUAGGUGCCGGGAUAUUCUUAAUCCCACUGUUGCAAUUUUUACUAUUACCUCCACUCUCUGUAGCUGCUACUUCGAAUCUUUUAACGUUAGUCAUGGCUGUUUCAUCAACACUAAAGUUCAAAACUACCAUUAAAUACACGUACAAGAUGGUAAUUCCAACCGUUUCUGGGUCACUGAUAGGAUCAGGUGCAUCAAUAUUCUUCAUCAGAUCUGUUGUAAAGGACAAGUUUUCAGAUACUUUCAUCAAUAUGAUCCUAUUUUCUGUCUGUACAAUGUCGAUCAUCCUAACAUGGACACUCUAG